AUGAAAAGAAUAUCAAAAGAGGUUUUCGAUUCGUUUGAGAAGGAAUCAGUUGAAGCAGAGCGGAAUCAAGGAAGAGUCAAGAUGGCGCGAAAAGGUUUGAUGGAACAAGAUUUAAGUAAAUUGGAUGUCACGAAGUUGCAUCCACUUUCUCCCGAAGUUAUAUCGCGGCAGGCUACUAUUAAUAUAGGUACUAUUGGUCAUGUGGCACAUGGGAAGUCUACUGUUGUGAAAGCAAUUUCUGGUGUUCAGACAGUUCGUUUUAAAAAUGAGUUGGAGCGUAAUAUUACAAUAAAGCUUGGAUAUGCAAAUGCAAAGAUAUACAAGUGCGAAGAUGAGCGGUGCCCUCGGCCUAAGUGCUACAAGGCUUAUGGAAGUGGAAAGGAAGAUAAUCCUAUGUGUGAUGUAGAAGGGUUCCAAAACUGCAGGAUGAAUUUGCUGAGACAUGUCUCUUUUGUUGAUUGCCCGGGUCAUGAUAUUCUCAUGGCUACAAUGCUUAAUGGAGCAGCAAUUAUGGAUGGAGCAUUGCUGCUUAUAGCUGCAAACGAGAGCUGUCCCCAACCACAGACUUCUGAACACCUUGCUGCUGUUGAAAUCAUGCGUCUCCAACAUAUUAUAAUUCUUCAAAAUAAAGUGGAUCUUAUUCAGGAAAACGCAGCCAUCAACCAGCAUGAGGCUAUUCAGAAAUUUAUUCAGGGAACUGUUGCUGAUGGUGCACCAGUGGUGCCAAUUUCUGCUCAGCUAAAAUAUAACAUAGAUGUUGUGUGUGAGUAUAUUGUUAAAAAGAUCCCAAUUCCGGAGAGGAACUUCAUCUCACCACCUAAUAUGAUCGUUAUUCGAUCUUUUGAUGUCAACAAACCUGGAUACGAGGUUGAUGAGAUAAGAGGUGGUGUGGCUGGUGGAAGCAUCCUCAGGGGUGUUUUGAAGGUCAAUCAAUUUAUUGAGGUCCGUCCAGGGAUCAUUGUUAAAGAUGAGGCUGGGAAUAUGAAGUGCACCCCAAUAUAUACUAGAAUAGUGUCAUUAUAUGCUGAGCAGAAUGAGCUACAAUUUGCUGUGCCUGGAGGUCUCAUUGGUGUUGGCACAACCAUGGACCCCACUUUGACACGUGCUGAUAGGUUGGUGGGUCAGGUUCUUGGUGAUGUUGGAUCCCUCCCUGAAGUUUUUGGUGAGCUUGAGGUGAAUUUCUUCCUUUUGAGACGGCUUAUUGGUGUCAGGACAAAGGGCUCAGAGAAGCAGGGAAAGGUCUCGAAGCUGACCAAGGGAGAGAUUCUUAUGUUGAACAUCGGGUCCAUGUCAUCUGGGGCUCGAGUUCUUGCUGUGAAGAACGAUUUGGCAAAGCUACAACUUACAUCUCCAGUCUGCACCAGCAAGGGUGAGAAGAUAGCAUUGAGUCGCCGAGUGGAGAAGCACUGGCGUCUCAUUGGGUGGGGUAUGAUUCAAGCUGGAACCACCAUCGAUGUUCCACCCUGCCCCCUCUAG